UAUCAACAAAUUGUAAGGGUUAAGUUAACCAAAGUUACCAAUUUUUCCUUACUUUCAGUAGUAAUUAAAAUUAAUUAAUGAAAAUCAAGUAUUCUUCAAUAUGUGCAACGUUGGACUUAAUGGUUUUGGCCGCAUCAGUCGAAUGGUUUUGAGAGCUUCCAUUGAUAAAAAUGUUCAAAUAGUUGCAAUUAAUGAUCCAUUCGCUAAUGUUGAAUACAUGGCCCAUUUGUUCAAAUACGAUUCAUCGCAUAAUAAAUUUAAAGGUGAUGUUAAAGUCAAUAAUAAUUGCUUAUUAAUCAACGGCUGUAAAAUUCAUGUCUAUAAAGAGGCAGAUCCCAAAAAAAUCCCUUGGAAAAAUGCUUCUGCUGAAUAUAUAAUUGAAUCAUCGGGUGCUUUUACUAACGUUGAAAAAGCUUCGGGACAUUUGACAGGAGGUGCCAAAAAGGUGAUCAUUUCUGCACCAUCUGAAGAUGCACCAAUGUUUGUUUUUGGCGUCAAUCAUGAAUCAUAUGAACCAAGUGUUAAUAUUGUUUCCAAUGCUUCCUGCACCACUAAUUGUCUAGCUCCACUUGCCAAAGUAAUCAAUGAUAAUUUUCAAAUUUCCGAAGGACUCAUGACCACUGUUCACGCAAUUACUUCAACACAAAAAACAGUAGACGCACUUUCUGACAAAGAUUGGCGAUCAGGACGCGGUGCCUUGCAAAAUAUCAUACCAGCAUCAACUGGAGCCGCUAAAGCCUUAGGAAAGAUAAUUCCUUCAUUAAAUGGAAAAUUAACGGGAAUGGCAUUUCGUGUACCAGUUGCAAAUGUUUCGGUAAUUGAUUUAACAGUAAGACUCUGUAAAGCGGCAAGCUUUGAUGAAAUCAAAAAUAAAAUCAAAGAAUCAACAUGCGAGGGAAGUCCUCUAUGUGGAAUUUUGGGUUAUACCAAUGAUGAUGUUGUUUCUUCGGAUUUUAUGACCAGCACUUAUUCCAGUGUUUUUGACGCCAAAGCCAGUAUUGCAUUGAAUGAGCAAUUUGUCAAACUUAUUUCAUGGUAUGAUAAUGAGUAUGGUUACUCAGUACGACUUCUUGAUCUCAUUAAAUUUAUGGAAAGCAAAAAUUAAUUUUAGAAAUUAUGUAAAGUAUUUUUUAAAAUUUAUUUUAUUAAAAAGAAUCACCUUUUUAGUAGACAA